AUGUAUAGGUCUCGAGCGCUUUCUCUUUAUAGACGUUCUUUAAAGUUAUCUCUUGACUGGUGUGUUAGAAGAGAUGUUUGGAGAUUAGAGGCAUUAAAAAUUAGAUCUCGUUUUGAAUCUAAUAAAAAUAUUCAUGAUCCACGUCUUCUUUUGGCUAUUUUUGAUGAAACUGAAGAAAUUUUGAAAAAAUAUAAACAUCCAGAUCCUUAUAUUGGCUAG